UCAGAGGAAAUAUCUGACCUUACUGAACAAAUUGGUGAGGGUGGAAAGAAUAUCCAUGAGCUAGAGAAGAUACGGAAGCAGCUGGAGCAAGAAAAGUCUGAGAUACAGACAGCUUUAGAGGAGGCAGAGGCCUCUCUUGAGCAUGAGGAAGGGAAGAUUCUGAGAGUCCAGCUCGAACUGAACCAAAUCAAAGCUGAUUUUGAACGUAAGCUGGCUGAAAAAGAUGAAGAGAUGGAACAAGUAAAGAGAAACCAACAGCGAAUGGUGGAUACUCUUCAGAGCUCCCUUGAGUCUGAAACCCGCAGCAGGAAUGAAGCGCUUCGAUUGAAGAAGAAAAUGGAGGGAGACCUCAACGAGAUGGAGAUCCAGCUGAGCCAAGCCAACCGGCAGGCAGCUGAGGCCCAGAAACAACUCAAGUCUGUUCACUCACAUCUAAAGGAUGCUCAACUUCAACUUGAUGACUCUCUCAGAGCCAAUGAUGAUAUGAAGGAAAACAUUGCCAUAGUUGAGAGACGCAACAACCUACUUCAGGCUGAACUGGAGGAACUGAGGGCUGCUCUGGAGCAAACUGAACGGAGCCGUAAACUGGCUGAGCAAGAGCUGCUGGAUGUUAGCGAGAGGGUGCAGCUACUGCACUCACAGAAUACCAGCCUGAUAAACCAGAAGAAGAAGCUGGAAGGUGACACGGUCCAGCUGCAGACUGAAGUGGAGGAGGCUGUUCAGGAAUGCAGAAAUGCUGAAGAGAAGGCCAAGAAAGCCAUCACUGAUGCUGCCAUGAUGGCAGAGGAGCUGAAGAAAGAGCAGGACACCAGCGCUCACCUGGAGCGUAUGAAGAAGAACAUGGAGCAAACCAUCAAAGAUCUGCAGCACCGUCUGGAUGAGGCGGAGCAGAUCGCCAUGAAGGGAGGCAAGAAGCAGAUUCAGAAGCUGGAGGCCAGGGUCAGGGAACUUGAAAAUGAAGUGGAAAGUGAGCAGAAAAAGGCCAGCGAUGCCAUAAAAGGAGUGAGAAAGUACGAGAGACGUAUCAAGGAACUGACGUACCAGACUGAAGAGGACCGUAAAAAUCUGGCCCGUCUCCAAGAUCUAGUAGACAAGCUACAGCUUAAAGUGAAAUCCUAUAAAAAGUCUGCAGAAGACGCUGAGGAACAGGCCAACAACAACCUUACCAAGUUCCGUAAGCUCCAACAUGAGUUGGAUGAGGCUGAGGAAAGAGCUGAUAUUGCCGAGUCUCAAGUCAACAAGUUACGAGCAAAGAGCCGUGAUGUUGGGUCAAAGAAAGCACAUGAUGAAGAAUGAUGCUUCUACAACCAAUAACAUAGUUCCUGAGGCACCUGUCGCCCAUAUAUAUUGGUGUCUCCCUACGCAUGCUGUUGUAUGAGUAGAAUAAAUCAUAUGUGCAUCUAAAACAGCCUCUUG